AUGGCCGGCACGAUACUGCGGCACCUCCUCUGGCCCGCCCCUCUCGCGAGGCGGCCGCUCCUCACCGCCGCCUCCCGCCACGCCAGCACAGCGCCAGCCUCCUCGCCCUUCGCCUCCUCGACCUCCUCGACCCAUGGCCGUCUCGCUCUCGCGCCCUCCCUCCAGCAAUCCGCCGCCUUCUCGACAACAGCCCCCCGCGCGGCGACCAUCAAUCAGGUCCUCCGCGGCGCGCGCAAGGGCAAGCGCGCGCGCCACGCCGUCUCGCCCGCCCUCGCAAACAUACACUGCCCGGCCCUCAAGGGCGUCUGCCUGCGCGUCGGCGUCGUCCGCCCCAAGAAGCCAAACUCGGGCGAGCGCAAGACGGCCCGUGUCAAGCUCUCCACCGGCGCCGUCGUCUCCGCCUACAUCCCCGGCGAGGGCCACAAUAUCCAGCAGCACAGCGUCGUCCUCGUCCGCGGCGGCAGGGCCCAGGACUGUCCCGGGGUGCGCUACCAUCUCGUUCGCGGCGCCUUGGACUUGGGAGGGGUGGCCAACCGAACGUCGAGUCGAAGCAAGUACGGCACCAAGAAGCCCAAGAAGGCCACCGUCGGCUGA